GUUGUCUUGGCGCACGUCGUGGCCCCGCCCCCUUUCCCUCUCCACUCACUUCCUGCAUCCUCCUUUGCUCGGCCGCCAUUUUGUCGUUUGGACGAGCAGCAGUGAGACCCGUUUCAGAGUUUCACCAUGAGCGGAUGUCGUGUGUUUAUCGGCCGUCUGAGCCCUCAUGCCCGGGAGAGGGACGUGGAGAAGUUCUUCAAGGGUUAUGGACGCAUCCGGGAGAUCAACCUGAAGAAUGGUUUUGGUUUUGUGGAGUUUGAUGACCACAGGGAUGCGGAUGACGCCGUGUACGAGUUAAAUGGAAAGGAGCUUUGCAAUGAGAGAGUGACUAUUGAGCAUGCCCGCUCUCGUCGUGGUCGAGGAGGUGGUGGAGGAGGAGGAGGAGGAGGCGGUGGCAGCCGUUUUUCUCCACGUUUUGGAGGCUACCGUCAAUCACGCAGUGCAGGAUCCAGGUAUGGCCCGCCGGUGCGUACGGAGCACAGGAUUGUCGUAGAGAAUCUGUCAUCCCGUAUCAGUUGGCAGGACCUGAAGGACCUGAUGAGGAAAGUGGGAGAUGUGACGUUCGUGGACGCUCACAGAGCUAACAAGAAUGAGGGGGUGGUUGAGUUUGCCUCACACAGCGAUAUGAAGAACGCCAUCGAGAAGCUGAAUGGCACGGAACUGAACGGCCGCAAAAUCAAACUGUUUGAGGACCGAAAGAGGAGCCGCAGCAGGAGUCGCUCUCGCAGCUCCUCCCGGUCCCGCUCUCGCUCACGUUCCAAAUCUGCAAGUCGGAGCCGCAGCCGUGAGGACAAGCGUGAGAGUAAGCGUGAGAAACGCUCCCGCAGCCGCUCUCGCUCAGCCAGUCGCACACCGGAGAAGAAAACAUCAGCCAAGUCUGAGUCCCGCUCUCGCUCCCGCUCUCCGUCUCCCAGGAAACAAUCUCGCUCUCGCUCCGCAUCCACCGAGAGCCAGCACUAAGUGUGUGAAAGAGGGUGUGUGUGUGUGUGUGAGAGAGAGAGAGUGAGAUUUGUUGAAAACUGAAAGAAUCUGUGUCCCCCUUGCAGGCUGUUUUUGUCUUUAUCUUUCCAGAGUGUGAACUUUAACCUCUUGAUUUUUAUUUGAUUUUUCUGCUUUAUUGGAUGUAAAGAAAGUGUACGUGAGGUACACGGAUGCAGUCGAUCAGCCAUCGUGCUCAGGGUCUGAGCCCCCCCAAUAAUGACUCCUGAGGAUUCUCUCUCUCUCUCUCUCUCUCUCUCUCUCUCUCUCUCACACACACCGAGCAUGUCUCAGCAGAUCCAUUACACCUGGAGGAAGAACGUGAUUUUGUUGUAGAGAUGUAAUUCAUUUAAAACAGGACCAGGUUGGUGUGUGAGAGAGAGAGUUCAGUUCUGUACACAUUUAUUUCCACGUGGUUGUCGUUGUGAUGUUUCUGGUUCUGUAACUGUUCAUGAGGAUUAUUACAGAAAUAAACUGUGAAUCAGUCGG